AUGGAUAUCGACGCGAAGAUUAAGGCUUAUCGUUUAGUUGGCUUAACAGCGAUAACAUUUUCGGCUUUGGCUAUACUCUCAACAAGCGUUACUUUACCAGUGGUCUACAACUAUGCAGCUCAGGUUCGAGUUAAGGCUAAUUUGCAGAUGAAUGAGUGCAAAAACUCCAUAAAACAAGUAUGGUCGAGCGUAAAUCGCAUUCCCGACAAACCCUUCCCAUAUAGAAAUCGUACUGCCCGUCAGACAGCUGAGACUUACAAAAUUGAAGCGAGCGGCUAUGAAAGCGAAGAUGAAACCAACUAUGACAAAACCGACAACUGCCAAGGAUGCUGCCUUCCCAGCCCUGCCGGGGUGCCGGGAGCGCCUGGACGCCCAGGGCGCCCUGGCAAACCCGGUGUGCCAGGAGCACCAGGAAAUCCUGGCCGUCCACCGCAAAAACCAUGUACCAAUAUCACACCACCACCAUGUAAACCAUGUCCUAGAGGAAUGUCAGGAACGCCUGGUAUGCCAGGCCCUCCCGGGGACGCUGGACAACUUGGUGGCCCUGGGCCCAAGGGUAGAGAUGGAUCACCGGGUGAAGCGGGGCCAAAAGGACCUCGUGGACCACCGGGAAGUAAUGGAAAGCCAGGACCUAUGGGACAACCAGGUCGUCCGGCAAUAGUCGCUCCUAUCAGUCUUCCUAGCCCCGGACCUAAAGGGCCUCCAGGUUCACCCGGGCCAAUGGGACCGCCUGGACAACCGGGAGCAAACGGAAAACCGGGAUCCCCAGGACGAAAAGGACCACCAGGGCAGAAUGGGCAGCGUGGACAGGAUGGAAACAAGGGACCACCUGGAGAGCCAGGUAUGGAUGCACCAGCAGGCGAACCUGGUAUCUGUCCGAAAUACUGCAACAGCGACGGUGGAGUGUUCUUCAACGAUGGAGUUCUUCGUCGCAGUCGGAGCUGA